CAAUACCCUUCUUCACCAAGCCAUAGGCGGGCCGUGUUUGCAAGCUCUGGUUAAACUUUGACAAGUGGGCUCUGCGCACACAAAGCCCUGUAACGGCCAGAAUUCUUCACUCGUUUAGUGUAAAGCCUUAGCAAGUACAGAAAAACAAAAUGGAGGAUCCGGCAUUUCCAGAUUCGGUGGAUUCUAUGCCACCGCCGGGGACUGGACCAACUCAAACUACAACAGGUGGCGGUUCUAUGAUCAGUUUCAACAUCGAAUACAUCAAGAGUAUACCAGGUAUUCUCAAGAUUUGCGAGCUGUUCUUUGGUCUGAUCACGUGGGCAUGUGUGGCGACCUACCCGUACCAGUUGUACGCAGGCGGGUUAGGGGCGGGGCAGCACUGGGUGAUGUUCGUCGCCGUGACCACCUGGCUCAUCACCCUCAUCCUGUUCAUCCUGUUCAUGCUGUCCGUUCCCUCCAACGUGCCGGUUCUCUCAGGACUGCCGUGGCCGUUCAUCGAGAUGGCGUAUAACGGUGGCGCGUCAGUGCUGUACUUCCUAGCGGCGUGUGUCCAGGCAGGCACCACCGCCACACGGUACGCCGGCACCAAUGUCUACACCACGUACGCAGCUGCCGCUGCCUUUGCUUUCUUCACCACGGUCGCCUACGUUGCAGACGCCUUCUUCGCGUUCCAAGCCUGGCGGAGUCAGGGUGGCGGGCCGGCGGCAGGGGCUGGCACACAGGGGUAGACAGAAAGAAACACCCCGUGCCGAUCACAACUUCCAAGCAGACAUUGUGAUAGACUGUGUUAAGCCCCUGUCACACAUGGGCCAAGUAUCGGCCUCUCGUCGGAACCCCCCCCCCCCCCAACCAUAGUCAGGCUAGGAGUAGGUCGGAUGUGGUUGGUUGGGUGGUGUUCGGUGAGGUUGGCUAUGGUUCGGCUGCACCAGCCGAAAGUUUAAAAGUGUUUACAACAUUUAGGAGUGUUCUGCGGUCAAAUUUGACUCAAAUUUAACUCAAAUUCAAUUAGAUUCGCCUAAAUUUGGUCAGACUGCUCCCAAACUUCAGCCAAAUUUGGUUUGCUGGUAUUCGGUGAAAUGUCCGGGAUGUGUGACAGGGACUUAAUUUCUUUUUUUCUUUUUUUUUUUUACGUUUCUUGUUUUCUACGUUUUUCUAUCACGUAGAACUCUACCUGAAAACACGAUGAAUGUCUUCUCAAUGUCUGCUUGGCUAUGACUACAAUCACUAGUCAGUAUCGUUUCGUUUUAUUACACAGAUUAGUAAUUACACAUACAUUUACAGAAAGAUGUUAGUGAAGUCAGGAUUUUGUUUUGGUUUACCUUACUAGCAGUAUGUUUCUUUAUAGAACACGUUUUAUAGUUAGACAUAUUUUGUUGCUUUGUAACACACAGACAUACGACACAAGAUAAGUUAUGUUUCAGUUUAAUGUUUUUUGUGUGACUUAGUAUUCUAGGAAAUGGAAUGACUUUUGUGUAUUUUUCCGCUCUUCGGAAAAACAAAUAAAAAGCACAAAAGAUUGCUUUGCUUGAAAGCAAUAUCGUAAUCAGUUAUCAUUAAAACUAGAUCAAAAUUAGAAAACCUGCCAAUUUUCAAUAUUUUGAAAAUAUUUGGCAGUGGUUUUUGACUUAAUCAAUUUAUAGCUGCCAUUCUUUUUAUGGUUAUCAUUGUUACUUAAUGAAAUUCACUUUAUGAUUGUCACGGUUUUCACAUGUUUCUUGAGUUCUUGAAAAUGAAAUGAAAAUAAAAGAAAUUUGCAUGAAGUUGCAUGAAAUUCUGUGAAUUUCCAUAAGUGUAUUUUGCUCUGGGUGCCCUCUUUGCCUUUUCAGCAAUCACACUACAAACUACAGAGGACAUUUUUGUCAUGUUUCAUGCGUAUGAAGCAAUUAAAAAAGUAGUAUAAUUGCUAUAUAAAAUUGCACAAUAAUUUCCAAAUACUCAAUGCGUCCACUGGCUUUUUAUAGCUUUAUAAUAAAUAAUGAGGAUAUAGUUAGAUGAUAGUGAGUCAUAUGCAUUGUGUGCGUAAUCAAGAGUUAUUGUUACCAAUAUAUACAGUAUGAUUAGAAUUUAUAUAUGA